AUGUCUCUGCAGCCUGAGCUUCGUUCCCAUCGCCAGCUUCUUGAUAUGGCCAUCCCAUGGCAUGAGCUCCUUGUGAGGGGCCUCACGCUGCCCAAUGACAAUCGAACGGGGUCUGCCCGCGAUGGCUCUGAAGGUGGCACUCUUAGCACAUCAAGCGGCAACAAGACGGCGUCGCUGUCCAAACUUGGUGCUACUUUUGCUCCCGUCGCCAUAUACCUGGGCCUCUGCCUGACUUGUUUCAUUCUGCUACGGAGUCGGUCCAAGCGAGUGUAUGCGCCGAAAACGAUUCCCAGCCUUCGGUAUCCAGAGAACCCCAUCCCUGAAUUGCCUUCCGGCUUGUUCAACUGGAUCAUACCCUUCUUCAAGAUCCCAGAUACCUACAUUCUCAACAAUGGCUCCCUCGAUGCCUACUUCUUCCUCCGCUACCUCAAGGUUCUGCGAAACAUCAGCUUUGUCGGCUGCUGCAUCGUGUGGCCCAUUCUGCUUCCGGUGCAUGGCACUGGCGGCAACCGCCUUCAACAGCUCGAAUUCUUGACCAUCGGAAAUGUCAUCACCGGGUCCAGAAAGCUAUGGGCCCAUGCCGUGGUUGCUUGGUUAUUCUUUGGAUUCGUGCUCUUUACGGUCGUCCGAGAGUGCAUCUACUUUGUCAAUUUGCGCCAGGCGUACCUGUCGUCGCCUUACUAUGCCGAUCGACUGUCAUCCAAAACACUGCUUUUGCUGUGCAUCCCCAAGCCCUAUCGCGACGAAGCGAUACUGCGGAAGCUCUAUGGCGAUUCUGCGAAGCGCAUCUUCAUCCCGCGGACAAGCAAAGACCUGGCGAAUCUGGUCGAGGAGAGAGAGCAGACGGCUAUGCGGCUGGAGAAGGCUGAGAUUGCUCUGAUCAAAAAGGCCAAUGCCGCGCGCAACAAAUGGCUGAAAAAGAACCCGCAAGUUGGCAAUGUGCUCGACAACCCUGGAAAGCUAGAGGCUGAGGCAGCAAAGAGGAACAAGAUCGCGGCGCUGGAUAGUGCCGAAACUGUCCAACAAUCUAGCGGGCCGCUGGAGGUAACGUCUGAUGUUGAGAAUCAGAGAAAUUCCACCAGCGUUGAAGCCAGCAACAAGCAAGUCAACGUAGAGGAAGAGGUGGAAGUUCAGGCCGAGGACUCGGAUUAUGUGCACCCAUAUGGCUUGAGGUCGACCUUGCCGGAUGUCAGAGGCUCCGUCGCGAGCGAAUGGCUUCCAGCUGAAGCCCGGCCAUAUCAUCGACCUCUCGGCAACUUUGGACGCCGAGUCGAUACGAUUGGGUGGACGCGAAAGCGGCUCAAGGAGCUCAAUAUCCAGAUCUACAAGCUGCGGCGCCAAAUCAAGAGGGGCGAUGCCGAGCCUCUUCCGGCCGCUUUCAUUGAGUUUGAUACACAGGAGGCUGCCCAUGCCGCACAGCAAGUUGUUGUGCAUCAUUUACCUCUGCAGAUGGCGCCCGGCCUGCUCGGCAUUCGUCCAGAAGAGGUCAUCUGGGAAUCCCUGAGAAUGAAGUGGUGGGAGCGCAUCAUCCGGCGCCUGUUGAUAUUGUGUGGCAUCACGGCCGCCAUCAUCUUCUGGUCGAUUCCCUCAGCCUUCAUCGGCGCCGUGUCCAACAUGGACUUUCUGACCAAGGAGAUUCCGUUCCUCCACUGGCUCGACAAGUUGCCUUCGUUUGUGAAAGGCGUCAUUGGCGGUUUCAUUCCCCCAUUUGCCUUGUCUGUGCUGAUGGCGCUGGUGCCAAUCCUGCUAAGAAUUUGCGCUGCUCAAACUGGCAUCCCUUCGCUCAUCAUUGGGGAGCUCUUUACGCAGAAUGCAUACUUUGCCUUCCAGGUCGUCCAAGUCUUCUUGGUCACCACCAUCACCUCGGCAGCCUCUGGUGCACUUCAGGACAUCAUUCAGGAUCCCCUCAGCAUCCAGUCGCUUCUCGCGCAGAACCUGCCAAAGGCGUCCAACUUUUACCUCUCUUACAUCUUGAUUCAAUGCUUGGCUAGUGGAGGGUCUCAGCUACUGCAAGUAUUUUCCUUGAUUCGCCACCACAUUGUCGCAAAAGCAUCCGAUGUGCCCAGGACUCGAUUCCGGACUUGGCGCAACGUUCGGCCCGCUCGCUGGGGAGGCAUCUUCCCCGUAUUUACGAACAUGGGAGUCAUUACACUUUCAUACGCAUGCAUUGCGCCGUUGAUAUUGGUCUUCAGCGCCGGAGGCAUGGCGUUCAUGGCCGCUGUUUGGAAAUACAACCUGCUCUACGUCUUCGAUACCACGACAGACAGCAAAGGCCUCUUUUACCCGCGCGCGUUACAGCAACUGAUUAUUGGCCUUUACCUAGCAGAGAUUUGUUUAAUUGGUCUCUUGAUUCUAAACUCUGCGUACGGACCCAUGGGAUGCGUCAUUGCCCUCCUUCUUCUGACGGGCUUGAUUCACUUCCUACUCAGAGACGCCAUCUCGCGCCUCAUGUGGAGCUUGCCGCAGACGCUGGCACUGGAGGAACAGAUCCAGCAAGAAGCCAAGGCCAAACUCGCAGACCACGACGAUGGAGUAACACCCGGCAAUGAUGCCGUCGGUGCGGCCGCAAGCUACUUUGACGUAGAGCAAGCAUUUGGGGACGAAGAGGAGAAGAUUGAUGACGACGAGGAGGAUGACCACCAGGUCGUCUCCAACAGAGCGAUUGAAGGGGCCACCAGUAUCCGACAAGCCCUGACGGCCUGGAUGAAAUCGGCUGCUAUCGAAAAAGUGAAGACGGGGAUGGAAGAUUCGGGACUCAACGCGAUACUGGCCAAAGUGUUUGCGUUUGCGAGGAGCGGAAAUGGAGAAGAGCCUCCUGGCUUUCUGGUGCGGUGGCUGCACCCGGAGGAGCACGAGGACUUUGUGGCACUGCGCAAAUUGAUCAUCCAGGAGGACCGGCCGCCGAUUGUCUAUACGAACGAGAACAAGUACGCCACCUACCAGCCGCCUGAGCUCUGGAUGCCGAAGCCAACUCUGUGGAUACCGAGGGACGAGGCUCGAACUUAA